AUGUGUACACCAGAAAUCCACUUUUGGCCGAAGGAAAAAAAGAAAAGGAUCCAUAAAUGUUCAGUUUGUAGUUUCCAAGCACGAUAUGCAUAUAUUAUUCAGAAACACAAGAAAGUUCACUUGACACCGGAAGAACGAGAGCUGUUUGCUUGUUCGUAUUGUGACAACAAAUAUAUUACAAAAUCAGGCUUAAAAGACCACCUUGAUAAUAAGCAUAGUGAAUUCAGGCCGAAGGAAAAAAAGAAAAGGAUCCAUAAAUGUUCAAUAUGUAGUUUCCAAGCACGAUAUGCAUAUAUUAUUCAGAGACACAAGAAAGUUCACUUGACACCGGAAGAACGAGAGCUGUUUGCUUGUUCGUAUUGUGACAACAAAUAUAUUACAAAAACAGGCUUAGAAGACCACCUUGAUAAUAAGCAUAGUGAAUUCAGGACGCAUGAACCGCAGAAAAAGGUCUAUAGAUGUUCUACAUGUAGCUACAAUACGACACGUAAGCCAGUUCUUGAAAACCACAAGAUAAGUCACUUGACACGAGAAGAACGACAGAUGUUUGCUUGUGCGCAUUGCGACAAUGAAUACAGAUCGAAAAUCAGCUUAAGAUACCACCUUCAGAAAAAUCAUAUUGAUUCCAGAGUUAAAAGACGAAGAGUUAGAACGGGGGAAUUGAACGAAUCGCAGAAAGAGGUCUAUAUAUGUACAAUAUGUGGCUAUAAAACACGAUAUAGGAUAAAUCUUAGACAUCACAAGAAAACUCACUUGGCGCCGGAACAACGACAGUUAUUCAGUUGUGCGCAGUGUGAUAACACAUAUAGAACAAAGACAGGCUUAAAAUACCACGUUACGAAUACUCAUAUUGAUUCCAGAAUGCAGAAAAAUGUCUAUAGAUGUUCCACAUGUAGCUUCCAAACACAAGAAAAAUCAAGACUUAGACAACACGAGGAAGUUCACUUGGCACCGGAAGAACGACAGUUGUUUGGUUGUGCACACUGUGAUAAGAAAUAUAAAAUAAAACGUAGCUUAAAAGAUCAUCUUCGGGAUAACCAUAUUGAUGCCAGGGCGAAAGAAUUGAGGGAAUCGCAGAAACAAGUCCAUAAAUGUGCCAUAUGUGGCUUUCAAACAAGACAUAGAUCAAAUCUUUGGAAACACAAGAAAAUUCACUUGGCACCGGAAGAACGAUAUAUAUUUGCUUGUGCGCAGUGUGACCGGAAAUAUAAGUUAAAGCGGAGUUUACAAAAUCACAUCAAAUUUCAUCAUAUUGAUUCCAGAAACGCUGAAACUCAAACCGAUGAACUAAUAUUAGAUUCUUUGAAAAUGGAAAUUGAUGAUUACACUCCACAUUUGGAUGACUUUAAAAAUGCUGAACGUGUAGCGGUGACUAAUAAAGUAAAAUCAGAAGAUUUUUUAAAAAUAGAAAUUGAUGAUAAUGACACCCCGAUUUUAAAUAAAGAAAUCCACCAUGACCUUAGAAACGCUGAAUCUCAAACGAAUGAAGUAAUAUUAGAUUCUUUAAAAAUGGAAAUUGAUGAUUACACUCCACUUUUGGAUGACUUUAAAAAUGCUGAACAUAUAGCGGUGACUAAUAAAGUAAAAUCAGAUGAUUUUUUAAAAAUAGAAAUUGAUGAUGAUGAGACCCCGAUUUUAUAUACAGAAAUGCACCAUGACCUUAGAAAUACCGAAAAUUUACCUAUAACUAAGAAGUUAUAUAUAAAGCAGGUAGAUUUUAUUAAAGUAGAAAUGAUGAUGACACCCCGAUUUUAAAUAAAGAAAUGCAGGAUGACUAGAAAUACCGAAAAUUGAUCUAUAACUAAGAAGUUAUAUAUUAGGCUGGAAGAUUUUAUAAAAAUGGAACCUGAUGAGGAGGAUGAAAACGCGCGUUUUUAUAUGAAGAAAAUAUUCAUAAUGUAAUCCUAAAAUAUUUUAAAAAUUAACAAACCUGUUAAAUUUUUAUAUGUAAACAUUUUUAAGCUAUACAGAUUUAUAACUGUGUAUUAUUUCAGCGUAUUACAAAGUCCGUAACAUAAUUAAUAGUCAUAAAAAAAUUAUCGCAUAUUAAAAAAGUCAUUUAGUUUACGUUUAAGACGGUCUGCGAGCCCCCAUACAUAACAGUAGACGAGAGUUAUUACUAUUACUACCGUAUGAUCGAAAAAACCGCGUCCAGUUGCCUUGGAAAUGAUGAUCGACAACAUUCCCCAUAUAAUUUUACAUAUAAAAUGACGAUCUUCAUUUCAUAGCCAUCGUAUUGUCCUUAUUGUCCUUAAUUCUUGUCUUAGAGUCACGUCGUAGUAGGCUGUGGUGCUGUGGUUCAGUCAAAGAGGAGAUAAGUUUUAACUCCUUUGGUUCGGUGGUAAUUCAUAAACUCUAAAUCAUUACUGUUUGUAUUUUAAAAAUGAUAUAGUUUACAUGAAAUAUACAUAAUAUCCAGUUAAUACACAUACAAUAUAUAUACCUAUUUAUA